AUGGUGCGCAUGCGCCAGACAGGGAGCGCCCUGAUUGGUCCCGCAACGGGACGCGGGUCGGCGGCGCCUCCGCAAAAGCAGGCGGAAAUCCUACCGGUGAAGCUCGCCCGUGCGGGAGGGCGGUUCCUGCCCGGAGCCAGGCCUCUGCCCCCUUCUCUGCCCCACCGGAAGGGGGUCUGGGGCGCGCCACCAUACAAGGGCAGCCCCGGACAGCGCGGUUGUCAUCCGGCAGCUCGCAGAGCCCGCCGGGAAGAGGAGGAGGAGGAGGAGCGGCCCAUGGAGCCCAAGCAGGCCAGGAGGUUCGCCCUGAGGACGCCGGGGGAGGAGGAGGAGGAGGAAGCGGCAGCCGCGGUGAAGCCUCUCUUCAAACCCGCUUCAGCAGCCAGAGCCGCAACUGUCCCUGAGCCCUCAGUUGCGCCCAGGGGGGCAUCCUACGCAGACUACAUCGUUGGGCAAGCCGUCGCCUCCUCUUCCUCCUGCACUGCUGCUCAGCUGAAACCCACCUUUGCUGCUCCUGCUGCAUCGGCCAGGACCAUCUUGGAAGAAGCCCCUCUGCAGAACCAGGACGAGAGUGCUGUGCCCCCCAAAAGCACCGCGGAAGACAAAGGCUCCCCCUUGAAGCCCACAGCCCCCAAAGCAGGGGCCAAGCACAACACUAUUAUCGUCAGUCCCCGGCAGAGGGGGAACCCCAUUCUGAAGUUUGUCCGCAACGUGCCUUGGGAAUUUGGUGAAGUUGUCCCAGAUUAUGUGUUGGGCCAGAGCACAUGUGCCCUUUUCCUGAGUCUCCGGUACCACAACCUGAAUCCAAAUUACAUCCAUGAGCGGCUGCGUAACUUGGGGAAGACGUACCAGCUGCAGGUGCUCCUGCUUCAGGUUGACGUGAAAGACCCCCACCAGGCAGUCAAGGAGCUGGCCAAGAUCUGCAUCCUUGCUGACUGCACCCUCAUCCUGGCUUGGAGUCCAGAAGAAGCCGGACGUUACUUGGAGACGUACAAGGCCUACGAGCAGAAGCCAGCUGACCUGCUGAAGGAGAAAGUGGAGCAAGACUAUCUCUCGCGGGUGACCGACUGCCUGACCAGCGUCAAAUCCGUGAACAAAACAGACACCCUGAGCCUGCUGUCCACAUUUGGAUCACUGGCCAAUAUUGUCCAGGCGUCCAAGGAGGAUCUUUCCCUGUGUCCUGGCGUUGGGCCUCAAAAGGCCAAGAGACUCUUUGACAUCCUUCACGAACCAUUUCUGAAGGUGCCCAAAUGAGGAGGGGGCUCAAGACGAUGGGCCAGGAUGAUUCACAAUCAUCUCUGAAACGACCAGUUUCCAAUCCCCUUCCUCCCUCAAAGCUGCAGGAAGAACAACAGAGCAACACAACUCCCUCUCGGAGGAGAAAUGAAGCCCCUUAUUUUGCUAUGUGGACAUUGCUUAACAGAACAGGCAAUAAAACACCGAAAAACAAGUAAUGCAGCCACUCAUUUUUAAGGGGAGAAAUGGCAGGGAACGCUGGCCUUCAGAGUUCCUGGAUUUAUUUGGAAGGGCAAACAGAGCAUGAACAAAACGCUUAAAAAGGCUGUUAAGUUCCUGCUGCAAAGAGUCCAGCCUGGUCCUCCCCCUCCCUCCUCCUCUUCUUUUUGGCUCUGGGCUUUGGGGCCUCCCCAUUAGUUUGCAAUGGCUCUUGCCCCAGAGGGACGGCCCAGUCCUGCACGGUGGACUCCAAGAGCUGCUGUGUUUCUGUCCCCUGUUCCUGCAGAGGCUCCUUGUCCAUUUUCCCCUUCUUUUUCUUUUUGCAGGCCAGGAGUUCCCCAGCAGGGCCCCCUCUGGCUGACCCCAGACCCCCUUCUGGAAGGCUUCCCAGACAGCCGAUGUCCUCCGGCUCCUCCUUGAGGGCUGAAACGGCCCACAGCUCCUCCGCCACCCUCUCUCGGCUCUUCUUUUUCUUCUUCUUCUUCUUGCAGCUGAAGAGUUCCUCAGCCGGGUCCUCUGUGAUGGCCCCCAGACUCUCUUCUGCAAGGCUCCCCAGAGAGGGGACGUCCCCCAACUCCUCUUUAAGAGCCGUAAUGCCCCACAGCCCCUCUGCCCCCUUUCCUGGGCUCUGCUUGAUGUAGCCAGGGAAUUCUCUACCUGGUUCCUCUCUGGGUGACCCCAGACCCUCUCCCAGAAGGCUCCCUAGGCAGGGGACGUCCCCCGGCUCCUCCUUGAUGGCAAGUACGCCCCACAG